CCCGGAGUGCACCUGGCCCUUGGUACAGGAAUUACCCUAGCUACACCCCGUCCAAGCUGCUCCUGUGUGAACUGGCUCACGGAGUGCUCUGUCUUGCUCCUGGUUGCUCCGCAUCCAUGAUGUGCCCCAUAGAAGGACAGAGGUUUCAUUACCAUUAUAUGGCUUUUUCUUUAUUUCUUCACUAGUGCUUUCAAACAGAGUCAAUUUGGUUUCCUGACAUACCCCAGACCAAAGCCCUGCACAUCAGCCCUCUGUGCCUUCCCAUCAUUGCCUAUUGGGUCUUUGCUGAGUUGUUCUUACCCAUCCUACCGCACCCAGACUGGGGCCACAUCCUCCAUCCAGUUUUCCCCAAUUCUUCUGGUCCAGAUCAUCUUUGAUAGGAAGAAAAAAACCCAGACUUUAUUCUUUAAGUGAAAUCUCUAUUUUCAAACAGUAUGGCAUGCUAUAAAUAAAGGUUUCAUUUUGCUGACCUUAGGUAUAUCAAAGACCAGUUCUCAUUUGAGAAAAUAAAAAAGGUCUCAGAUCAAAAAGCUGUCCAACAGUUAGGCUUUGGUAAGUAGUAAGGAAGUAUGCAGAGCAUAUUGGAUGACAGAGUACUUUCUUUAGCAAAGGAUUAGUUUUAGCUUGCCUUACAACUUAUCUAUUUUUUGUUCCAGGCUGAGUUUCUGGUGUUAGGCAACCACAAGGACCGUACUGUUGGGAGGUCCCCAGGGUGACUCCACGGACUUGGGCCACUUCCUGUGCUCCUCUUUUGUGCCCUUGCUUUGGGACCCAGGGAGUCGCUGGUGGCUUUUGACAUGAAUGCUCCUAGCACAGACUCUUCCCCUUAGCCUCAUAUGUCUGUAGCAUAUACGCCUUCCGUUCUGUCCAGAAGUCAUUACUCACUGCUGCCAGCUCUGGGGAGUCUUCAGGACAUUUAAAAAAGUCACCAGACGUGGUGGGGCACUUGCAAGUGAAGAAGCAGCCCAACCCUUUGUCUUGGCUUAUUUCUAGUGGACAGGCUCCGACAAUUUAGCGGACAGGCUCCCGGGCCUCUGGGACCCUACCACAUCCUUCACCUUCAGGAGCAGAGUGCCUUUGGGAAACAGAUUCCUAAAAGUGCAGGUGGGCCAGCCAUGAGAGGGUACCUUGUGGCCAUAUUCCUGAGUGCUGUCUUUCUCUAUUAUGUGCUGCAUUGUAUAUUAUGGGGAACAAACAUCUACUGGGUACCACCUGCGGAAAUGAAGCGGAGAAAUAAGAUCCAGCCUUGUUUAUCGAAGCCAGCUUUUGCCUCUCUCCUGAGGUUUCAUCAGUUUCACCCUUUUCUGUGUGCAGCUGAUUUUAAAAAGAUUGCUUCCUUGUAUGGUAGCGAUAAGUUUGAUUUGCCCUAUGGGAUAAGAACAUCAGCGGAAUAUUUUCGACUUGCUCUUUCAAAACUGCAGAGUUGUGAUCUCUUUGAUGAGUUUGACAAUGUGCCAUGUAAAAAGUGCGUGGUGGUUGGUAAUGGAGGAGUUUUGAAGAAUAAGACAUUAGGAGAAAAAAUUGACUCCUAUGAUGUAAUAAUAAGAAUGAAUAAUGGUCCUGUUUUAGGACAUGAAGAGGAAGUUGGGAGAAGGACAACCUUCCGACUUUUUUAUCCAGAAUCUGUUUUUUCAGAUCCCAAUCACAAUGAUCCUAAUACUACGGCGGUUCUCACUGCUUUUAAGCCGCUUGAUUUAAAGUGGCUGUGGGAACUGCUGACGGGUGGCAAAAUAAACACUAACGGUUUUUGGAAGAAACCAGCCUUAAACUUGGUCUACAAACCUUAUCAAAUCAGAAUAUUAGAUCCUUUCAUUAUCAGAAUGGCAGCUUAUGAACUGCUUCACUUCCCAAAAGUAUUUCCCAAAAAUCAGAAACCCAAACACCCAACAACAGGAAUUAUUGCCAUCACGCUGGCCUUUCACAUAUGUCAUGAAGUUCACCUUGCUGGUUUUAAAUACAACUUUUCUGACCUCAAGAGUCCUUUGCACUAUUAUGGGAAUGCCACCAUGUCUUUGAUGAAUAAGAAUGCGUAUCACAAUGUGACAGCGGAGCAGCUCUUUUUGAAGGACAUUAUAGAAAAAAACUUUGUAAUCAACUUGACUGAAGAUUAACUCUACAGACUCAGAAGACGACGCUAACAGUAUUAGUUUUAUUUUUAUACGGCAAUUUUUAGUUUAUUUUUAAAUAUGUUGGAUGCACUUGUCAAAAAAUUGUGUAUAUUAAGUCUUUUACUGCCUGGUGAUUCAUAACCACCAGCUUAAUUUUUGUGAAUAUAUUUAAUUUAUAAAAACCAAGAUAUGCUUAGUUAAGAUAUCAGGGAAAGAAGUUUUGAUUGCAUUGUUUUUAAAACAAGCUAGUUUUCCGAAGUGUUUCUAAACAUCUUUUUAUAAUUAGUUCAUCUUAGACUUUUGAGAGGAUGUGACUUCCUAAUAAGGGGCUUUAGUUGACCACAAGUUUUGAGCACAACAUUUGGCUACUGUAAAUUGGUGGGGAAUGGCCAUGUGUUUGUGCCUUGAUGUGGCAAACUGGAACCACUUUAGGCAUGUAGCUAGAUGACUGUUCCUUUUUGUUGUAGCUGAGGAAACAGAUUUGAAUCUUAAAGCAGCCCUGAACAUAACAGUAGGUAUGGUUAUGGAAAUCUAAGAUCAUACUGUUUUCAUUAAGCUUUUUUUGUCUUGCAAUUAAGUGAACCAUGAUUAUAUAAUGAGUAAUCGGGUAGAAGGAAGGUGGUGUUUUUAAGGUGAAGGAAAUAGGCUAAACAUGAAAUUCUGGACAAGUAAAUAAUCUAAGAAUGCAAUUACUAAAGCCUGGUGACUGCAUUAUUUUAAAGCUCAUACAAAGUAGCUGAGCUAGGCAAGCUCAAGGAGACCAUUCUUAAAUUUUCUGCCUGGCUUAAUAUAUUAAAAUUUGAAAGUUUACUAUUUGAAUUAGGAAAAAUGAAGAUAAAUCCUUGAGACUAAACAAGCUGUUUUUUGGAUUUAAAUGGGAAUUUCAUGAACAAUGUCAAUUCUUCAAAGGGAAGGCUUACCUGGCUGCCUAGGGUGCAUCAGAAAAGAGUCCUACUGGAUGCAAACAAGUCAAAACCAACCUUUCGAACAAAUGUGAGCUAGUGACCCUUCUCAUUUAAUACAGCCAAGGGCUAUGGGGAGGGGAAAAAGGAAGAGAAGAGAAUUACAAGAGGGAUGGAAUUAAAAGUUCUCAGAAGAGGUAAGAGUUGAAAGAAUUGUUAAUCUUUUGAACAAUAAUUAUCAUUGGGAGACACGGCUGGUGUUACCGGAAACCAACCUGCCUCUCUAAAGAGUAUGUCAAACGCAGUAUAAGGGGGGAGAAAACUCCGGGUUGAUUUAAGCCAGAUCUGGACAUUAAAUAUGGACUGUGUUCUGUUAGCACGAGCAUGCUUGCACAGUACCAUGGUUUCACUGGAUUCCUCUAAUAACUCUGAGGUGGAAAAGAUGGGUGUUCGCGUGACCUUUCCCUCCUACCACACAGUCAGAGUUUACCACACAAAAUGCAGUUUGUGAACUAAUUUAGGCUUCAAAAACAGAUGGUCCGGGCUGGAGUAAAAGUAAAAAACCACUGGUAGCAUUUUCAAAUGUUACUGUAAGGGUAGAAUAAUGGCAGUACAAUUUCUGAGCGAUGCUAAAAACUGAGGAAUCUGGCAUUUUGUGUAGUAUGAGAAAAGGCUACAAACUUCAACGUGGUUUCAUAUAAGCCAAAGGAAAUUCUCAGCAAGACACAUAUGUACAAUUUAUUAAAAACACACGAACACAUUAAGAUCUCACUAUUUAUACAAUCUAAAUUCUAGCAACAUAUACAAAUACUGAGUGACUACAGUACAUGCCGAGGUAAGAAAAGUACAUUCUGGGAGAAUAUCACUGACCCUCAAACCAUUUUUAUUUCCAAUAUGUAUUUCAAUGUUUUGUUUCCACCUUUCCCAGUGCCAAAAAAACAAAAACAAACAAAAAAACUAGUCACAAAUUGGAGUAAAUAAUUGGUGCCACAGUUGAACUAAAAAGUAUUUUAAUAACCAUCCAACACUUACUAGAUUUUGCAGUUUAGGGACUUCAAGUUCAGAACAGAAAAGCAGAGCUAAAAGGCAGUUUUUCUUAAAGGUAGAGCCCAACAGAUUUCUCUUAAAAGGGUUUGAAAAGUUUUUGUCCCACAGUCUUAGUUCUGUCCUCUGACCUGGUGCUUCCAUAGCCCUUAUGCUCUCCAGGUGUCAAUGUGGGGCCAAGGCAAAGAAGUUCAAGCUUUCUCACCUUCCACAGAAUUUUAGAUGAGUGCAUUUUCUACUGGGGCAGGGGAGGACAAGAGUGCACAUGACACCAUAGUUUCAACUGCUUUAUAAAUUCUCUACACAAACCAUUUCAUCAGCGGAUAAACCCAUUGUUCAAUGCAAAGUGCAAAUAGUGAAACUUGAAUUUAAAUAACUGGACUAGACCCUGCACAUACAAUAGGAUCUAUUUAGUGUUAUAGCUUUUAAUAAAAUAUAAAUCAGUAUUCACAAUAUCUUUAACUGUGCUGGUUCCUAAGAUUAUGUAACAGUGAAGUUGGUGUGACUUUAUGAAAACCUGCAGGGGCCACACUUGCUGUACCACUGAUUUGAUUUUUAUCAUUGUGUUAACAGGAAAAAAAAUCCAAUAAACCAGAGUGACUUAACUCUUUAA